ACAAAAUUGAAUUAAAUGUCUCCUCCCUUUCCCCACAUCUCCUUUUAUGCCAUACCCAAACAUUUCCUUUCUCAUCUUUCCUUGCUAGAUUCCUUCAAUUCUUCAUCUUCCUCUUCAAAUCUUGGAACCUUUUUCACUACCCUCUAAUGUCAAUAGAGUCACAAAAAACAAACACAGCCGUGUACAUGGAACAAACCCCCGAAGUAGACAAGCUAGACAAGAAAUUUGACGAUGAUGGUCGUGCUGAAAGAACCGGGACACUAUGGACGGCGAGCGCUCAUAUAAUAACUGCUGUGAUUGGAUCGGGUGUGUUGUCUUUGGCAUGGGCGAUUGCUCAAUUAGGUUGGGUAGCUGGCCCCAUUGUGCUCAUGGCCUUUUCGUUCAUUACCUACUUCACUUCCACAUUGCUCGCCGAUUGCUACCGCUCUCCGGGGCCUAUCCAUGGAGAUCGGAAUUAUACUUAUAUGGAUGUGGUUCGAUCCCACUUAGGAGGAGUGAAAGUUCAGCUAUGUGGAUUGGCUCAAUACACCAAUCUUGUGGGGAUUAGCAUUGGAUACACAAUUACUGCAUCCAUCAGUAUGGUGGCCGUAAAGCGAUCAAAUUGCUUUCACAAGAACGGUCACCAUGUCGAGUGUUCGAUAUCAAAUUAUCCAUUCAUGGUGAUCUUCGCGGCGAUUCAAAUAUUUCUAAGCCAGAUCCCGAAUUUUCAUAAACUAUCUUGGCUCUCUAUUGUUGCAGCCGUAAUGUCGUUCGCGUACUCUUCCAUUGGUCUCGGAUUAUCCAUCGCCAAAGUGGCAGAAAAAGGGCACAAUGUUAGGACAGGAAUAACCGGGACAAGAGUAGGAGUAGAGUUGACGGGUUCUGAGAAAGUGUGGAGGACCUUCCAAGCCAUUGGAGAUAUUGCCUUUGCCUAUGCCUUUUCUACUGUCCUUGUCGAAAUCCAGGACACGUUGAAGUCGCCACCUCCGGAAAAUAAAGUGAUGAAGAAGGCCUCUUUUGUGGGAGUGUUGACUACAACAAUGUUCUAUGUUCUCUGUGGUUGUGUCGGCUAUGCUGCAUUCGGAAAUGAUGCUCCUGGAAAUUUUCUCACCGGUUUUGGUUUCUACGAGCCCUUUUGGCUCAUCGACUUUGCCAAUAUAUGUAUCGCUGUCCAUCUCAUCGGGGCUUACCAGGUUUUUGCCCAACCAGUAUUCGGAUUCGUCGAGUCCAAAUGCACGCGAAAAUGGCCCGAUAAUAAAUUCAUAACGGGCGAGCACAUGGUGGACAUUCCAUUGUGCGGGCCUUACAACAUCAACUUGUUCCGAUUGGUGUGGCGAACAAUGUAUGUCAUUGUAACAGCGGUGUUUGCGAUGAUUUUUCCAUUUUUCAAUGAUUUUUUGGGCUUACUCGGCGCGGCAUCCUUCUACCCAUUGACCGUUUAUUUCCCCAUAGAGAUGCACAUCGCCCAAGCUAAAAUUCCUAAAUACUCAUCCCCUUGGAUUUGGUUGAAAGUAUUGAGUUGGGCCUGUCUUGUCGUGUCAUUAGUCGCGGCAGCCGGAUCCAUACAAGGGUUAGCCCAUGAUGUCCGGCGAUAUAAGCCCUUCAAAACCGAGUAAUAGUGUGUGUGUGUGUUAGAUCGCGUCAAUUUGAUUUGUGUAUGUGUGAUAAGGUAUUUGCUAAAUUGUAAGAUUGGCCGAUGUGCUUUGGGAUAUAAACUCAUUUCCUCUUGGUCGUUUA